AUGGACGAUACAACACAAGAAGUGCAAGAAAUGACAUCGAAAGGAAAUCAAGAUCACGACGAAUCGACGAUCAAAGAGGAAGAAGAAUCAUCGUCAUCGUCAUCAUCAAGUGAAUCAUACGAAAGUGAAGAAGAAUCAGAAGAAUCAGAAGAAUCAUCAAGUGAACGAGAUGAUGAGUCGCCAAACAAAGACGAUGAACAAGAGAUUGACGAAUUUGUCGAAUUUGUAUACAGAAGCGAAGAUCAAGAAAUUACAGAGACUAUCAAACAAACUAUGACAAAGUUGAUUGUGCGCGGGCCUAAUGUAAAGACUAUUGGAAAGGAGGCCUUUAGGGAAUGUGAAAAGCUGAGAGAGAUUGAUUUCACCGAAGCAACUGCGUUGGAAACGAUUGGAGAACAAGCCUUUGCCUAUUGUCCCAGUCUCCUUGCUUUCAAGUGCCCGUCCAAUGUCACGACUAUUGGAGAGUCUGCUUUUGAUAGAAGUGAAAAACUAAAAGAAAUUGAUUUCACCGAGGCGACUGCGUUGGAAACGAUUGGAGUUGGUUCCUUUUUCAAGUGCGCUAGUCUUCUUGCUUUCAAGUGCCCAUCCAAUGUCAACACUAUUGGCGCAUGGGCCUUUGGGGAAUGUGAAAAUCUGAAGGAAAUUGAUAUCACCGAAGCAACUGCUGCGUUGGAAACGAUUGGAAAUAAUGCCUUUUCUGACUGCCCAAGUCUCUAUUUCGAAUUUGUUUACGAAAGGGAAGAUCAAGACAUACCGUUAGCCAUCAAACAAACCAUGACAAAGUUGAUUGUGCGCGGGCCUAAUGUCAAGACUAUUAAAGAGAAGGCCUUUGAGAACUGUGAAAAGCUGAGAGAGAUCGAUUUCACCGAGGCAACUUCGUUGGAAACGAUUGGAGAACAAGCCUUUAGCGCUUGUCCUAGUCUCCUUGCUUUCAAGUGCCCAUCCAAUCUCAAGACUAUUGAACUUGCCGCCUUUGCGAGUUGUCAAAAUCUAAAGGAAAUUGAUUUCACCAAGGCAACUGCGUUGGAAAAGAUUGGAGAUGCAGCCUUUGCCCAUUGUCCUAGUCUUGCUGGUAGUUUCAAGUGCCCAUCCAAUGUAAAGACUAUUGGAACUUUUGCCUUUGCGGACUGUGAAAAACUAAAAGAGACUGAUUUCACCGAGGCAGCCGCUUUGGAAAAUAUUGGAAUUGGUGCCUUCAACAACUGCCUAAGUCUCGAAUUUGUUUACGAAAGCGAAGAUCAAGUUAUACCAGAAACCAUCAAACAAACCAUGACAAAGUUGAUUGUGCGUGGGCCUCAUGUAAAUACUAUUGGACAGGAAGCCUUCAGUGGAUGUGAAAAGCUGAAGGAAAUUGAUUUUACCGAGGCGACUGCAUUGAAAACGAUUGGGGUAAGGGCCUUUGCCUAUUGUCCUAGUCUCCUUGCUUUCAAGUGCCCAUCCCAUGUCAAGACUAUUGGACUAUAUGCCUUUGUGGGUUGUCAAAAUCUAAAGAAAAUUGAUUCCACCGAGUCCACCGCUUUGGAAAAGAUUGGAUUCUCAGCCUUUUUCAGCUGCCCUAGUCUUGAAAAGGUUUACCUUGCUCCCAACGUGACGGUUGUCGAGAAGGAUGUCCUCAAAGAAUGUCCCAAUCUCAAAUGUUUGAAGAUUCCUAGUGUGAAUCCAGCGAUUCGCAUUCGAUUGUACACACAACUUGGCAAGGAUCAAAAGCAUUUGAUUAAUUGGGAUGCUACAGUGAAUGUCUAUGCUUCCAAUCCAAUCAAGAGCUCUGAAUUACUGGAGAACUCGGGGGAAGAAGCCUUGAUUCUUCAACAAGUCAGAGCAAAUUAUAUUGGUUCCAUUGUUGAUGGGUCAAGGCGUUUACUUUCCAUUUCGGAACGCAAUGGGUGGUUACAAUUCUUGGCGAACAAUGUAGGCGACGGAAACAAUGACCCCGACAUGAGCAAGUUAAUAUACCAUCUGAAAACAACUGAGGAUAUCGGGAAAGUCCGACAACUCGCCGAGACCAAGGAUCAAUCCGAGCGUGUUGCAAAGUCGGUGGCAUCGAAACACAUCCAAGCAGUGUUUCAAGCACGAUUGUUCUUUCUCGGUCGUUAUGAUAUUGCAAGAGGACCACCCAUUCACCAGUCGGCAACUUGUGUUGUAGUGAAAGCAACGGAUGCUAAGAUGAGGGACUACUUUGAAAAAAAGUAUGAACCAUAUGAAGGAAAAGAAGUAGACAAGAAAUUGUUCAAGGAGAUAUUGAGCAUGAUAGAGCUUAUUCCACAUGACAAGGAAAACAUCAACCACCUAUUCCAACGGGCAGAUGUCGAAAAAGAUAAAAAGAUUUCCAAAGAAGAGUUUGUGAACUUUUGCCUUGCCGAAAUUGGUGGGACUGUGGUUCUAAAGUUUAUGCGGAACAAGGAUCAGUUUCGCCGAGAAGUGGAUAGCCGCAAAGACAAUAAAUUGGAUUCGAAAUAUGUGGUUGGUAGUAUCCGAAGCCAUGAUGAAGAGAGCGAUGCCAAUUUGGUCCAAUCACUAAAGGACUCAAUCCUACAAGAAGAUGGCAACGGCACAUCAUCAUUUCUAAAAAAGGACGGUGCCAAGGCAGAGGAUUACUGCAACGUGUUGGUGAUGCCUUACGGAGAUCGAAAUUUGGACACAAUCUUUCGAAGUGAGCGGCUCGAUAUUCUGACAAUUCAAACACUUGCGAAGGAAAUCGGAGAAGCGGUGGCACACAUACAUGAGAAAGGACUGAUCCAUGGGGACUUGAAGAUGUUGAACGUCGUCCGCAUUAAUGGGCACAUGGUAUUGAUUGACAUGGAUGCUUCUGCGAAGAUUGGGGAGGAUUUCGCUGGUGAGAAGUAUUCGUCAGGUGUCAUUCCUCCUGAAAUGAUUUACCAGCUGGCAAACCAUAAAGAGAAGGAACAAUACAUUUCAUACUUCCAAGAUCAAAACGAAGAAGAACAACAAAAGCGUGCCCCGAAGUUCAGCAGAAUCCCCACUAUCCAAGGAUAUGCAGUCAAAUCAUUUUUGGGACAUGACGAGACGACAACAUUUGAGGAUCGACAGACUGGAAACAUGGUACCUAAAACAAAACGUAUGGUGACCUCAAAAGGUAACUUACCGAUGUUUGAGCUGGUUGGGGCGGAUAAGUCGUUCGAUGUCUGGUCUUUUGGUGUUCUCUUGUAUACGAUGUGCAGCAAGGAGCCUUUGUUCCGAGUGAACACUGAUGAUGAUAUCACUGAUGGUAAUUCGAUGCGAGAGUUGUUCCAUUGGGGACAAGAUGAUGUGGAAGUUGACUCAAUUCUUGAGAAUAGCAUUCAAGACGAUGCGGCAAAAAAACUGCUGAAGCAAAUUCUUAAACGCAAUCCCAAGGAUAGGCCACCAAUGAAGAAAAUUCUUCUCGAUCCUUUCUUUACUGGCAAGACUACCGAUGAGUUGACAGAAGUGGUAAAGGAAGAGUUUCGAAAGACACAAUCACUAGUACUUGAGAACCGGCAAAUAAUGCAACAUGGAUUCUCCAAGAUCCACGAAUCACUAAAGCUUGUCCUAAGCCAUCAAAAAGCCGCCAACAAUCUUUUGAAAGGGAUCUUCCAAGGGAAGAACAAUUCACAACCAAAGUAUCUUAUAAUUCUUCCAGCAUUCGAACAAGACAAUCAAGAGAAGCGGUUCUCUAGAUUUCUGUCAACGAUGAAGGAAACUGUAAAAGUCAAAACCAAGGCAAGACUAUGCUUCAUUUGUCCUGUAUCGCUUCAACCCGUUUUGGGAAAAGAUGGAAAAGCGAUUGGGUAUGAUAUUGAAUUGGCCAAGGAUUGGGUCAAGAAAUAUGGGCCUGCUAUUCUGAUUGGCCUGAAGAUUGUCCAAGUAGGACUUGCAGUGGGCCGUGGAUUCGGCCUCCCCCUCCCUUCAUUGAGUGGGGCUGAAGAAGGAUUGAAGGAGACUUCUAAUCUUUUUUCAGAGAUGCAAGGGUUGUUGGUUGAAGGGAUAGGAGGCGAUGCCGAGGAAGAUGGCCUUGCGGAUAUGAUGCUGGAAAAAUUCACAGACCGAAUCGAUAGUGCAGCCUCGGCAGAUGGUCCAGGAGCCAUGAAAAAGAAUCAUCAAGACAGGAUUCAAAAGUCGUAUGAAGGCAUUGGUACUCUCAUUAAGGACGAAAAAUUCGAACGCUGUGGUCUUGUGCAGGCAAUCAGUAGCAAUGGGAAGGAAUAUGAGUAUGUGCACCCUGCUGUUGAACCCCUCUUUGAAAAAUUUGGGUCAAAAUGCUUUGAGAAGUCGAUGGAAGAAAGGGAAAAGGAAAAUGCCAUAUUGGCUGCGAAAGCUUUUAGUGAAAAGAAGAAGCAUGCUGAAAAGGGAAGCGCCGCAACUGGGGGCAAUGGAACAACAAAGCGUGGGACUUUGGCAUCGUCGGUAGCAGCACCGCAACCAGGAAGUGGAAGUCCUAUCAAAUUGAUGAUUGAACAUCAUAAAGGCGAGGUAGAGAUGACAGCGGACAAUGGAGAAAUAAGGGCAAAAUCAGCAAUCUCGUCGUCUAACGCUGACAAUGUCUUCAUUGCACGCUUGGAAGACAAGCUCACAAAGUUAGAAGGGAAGAUUGACUCUACUAAUGUGCUCAAGUUACAAGGGAUACCAGAAGGAUCGAACCGUGUGGUUCACAAAGGCUGGUUACGCAUUCGAAGCCGUUGGCCUCCCUAUCUAUGGAAGGAACGAUAUGUUGUGGUCUACAAGGACGGCAGCAUUACACACUAUCCGAAUGCUGGUUCAUCGUUUUCUUUUGUCAAUUGGAAAUAUAUGGAGGAUGGAGCCACAAUGGAGCUACGUUCUGCGAAAGAAAAAGUGAUUGCCACAGCCAAACUGUCGACGCGAUGCUCCAGUAAAGUAGCCGAGUGGCUUCAGGGGAACAAUUGGAAGUUCAAUAAUGAGCGAUCUACCACCACUACCACCACCAAUUCAAAGAAUCGAAAAGCACGGAUCGGCCCCACUGGGAAUGUCACCAACAUUGAUCCGCUAUUGGCCGACACUUAUGAAUAUACCGAUUAA